GUGAUGGAAAAGAACUGAAGUUUGGAUACAAACUUUGGAUCUAAAAACAGCAUAUUACUCCUACUACUACGUAUACAUAGACGCAAGAGUAACGUGAUCCUCUCCCGUAAACCGCCACCCUGACAUAAGAGGACAGUUGGGCCCACAUGUCAGCGGCAUCCACGACCUACACAAGAAAAUGUGAAAGCAAGAAAGAAAGUCACGUCACGCCGUUCCCCCUCCCUAAACGUGGCCCCCACAAAACGAGCCCCACACCCCGACGAAGCAAAGCAUCCCACCAAACAAACCAACAUUUCGGCGGAGCAAGGAAAUACCCAACCCCGAGCGCCAAAACCCUCUCCUCUCCUCGCCUUGCCGCGCCCGCGCAUUCCCGCAAACACCUCGCCGGCGGAGCGCCCCCGAGAUGAAGGGUUCCGACCUCCCGCCCGGCGGCUCCGGCCAGAAGCCACCGGGCGGCCCGCCGGGGAACAGGAAGGGCAAGCGCGGCGCUGAGGCGCCUCCGGCUACCUCGUCGUCGACGCCGACAACCGCGAGGCGGAGUAAGCGCCUCGCUGGUGCGCCUCCGGAUCACCCCGCGGAAGCAGGGCCAUCGUCGACGAACGCGAGGCGGAGCAGUCGCCUCGCUGGUGCGCCUCCUGCUACCCCCGGGGCUGCGGCGGCAGCGCCGACCUCGUCGUCGCCGACAGCCGCAAGGCGGAGCAAUCGCCUCGCUGGUGCGCCUCCGGAUCCCCCCGCGGCUGUGGCAGCACCGCCGACCUCGUCGUCGCCGACAACCGCGAUGCGGAGCAAUCGCCUCGCUGGUGCGCCUUCGGAUCCCCCCGCGGCUGCGACAGCAGGGCCGACCUCGCCAUCGCCGACAACUGCGAGGCGGAGCAAUCGCCUCGCUGGUGCGCCUCCGGAUCCCCCGGCGGCUGCGACAGCAGGGCCGACCUCGAAAACCGCGAGACGGAGCAAGCGCCUCGCUGGUGAGGCUCCGGAGACCCCCGUGGAAGCAGGGCAGACCUCGCCGUCGUCGACAACCGCGAGGCAGAGCAAGCGCAGCGCUGGUAAGUCUCCGGCUAUCCCCAAGGGAUCGGGGCAACCCUCGUCGGCCGAGAAGAGCAAGCGCACCGCUGAUGCGUCUUCGGCUGACCCCGCGGAAGCAAGGCCGUCGUCGCUGUCGCCCACAACCGCGCCGGUCAGGACUACGGCCGUGUCGGUGUCGGUGAGGAAGGCGGCCGAGGGGCAGCGGCGGACCACCACCUCGGGGCGCGGGACCACCACCUCGGGGCGCGGGGACGCUGCGGAGCAGGAGGCGAUGCGGGAGGCGGUCCUGUACGUGCGCCGAGAGCUCUCCGUCGUCGCGCCGGAUGACCUCACCUCGCCGCACAACUAGCCGAGGGUGGCCGCGGCCAUGGCGCUGAGUUGGGCGCGGAGCGCGGGCGCAGGGGGGCUGUGGAACACCCGGGGGCGCGCGCGCGCCCACGUGCAGCCGAUGCGGGAAGUGAUCCUGGGUGCGCGCCGAGAGCGCACCGUCCUCGCCGCCGAUGACCCCGCCUCGCCGUACAACGAGCCGAGGGUGGCCGCGGCUACCACGCUGAGUUGGGUGCGGAGCGCGGGUGCAGGGGCGCUGUGGUACACCCCGGAGCGCGAAGACGAUGCGGGAAGCGGUCCUGCAGGCGCCGGCCCAUGACCCCGCCUCGCCGUACCUGGAGCAGAAGCCCUAGAAGAAGAAGAGCUCGGGAUCUUUGAAAAGGUCCAGGAAGUAGAAGUAUCAAAAGAAUUUGGAUGGUGGGUCAUUUUUUGUAGCAGAGGAAGUAGAAAAUUCAGAGAAGAGUUUGAUGUCUAAUUCGACGUGGUUCUUUUCUUUUCAGUACUCAGUAGUAGUCGGCUAUUGCAGAUUACAUAUCUGACUAGAUACAGUCACGGUUCUCCAGUGAUCCUGGAUGUAGGUUUCACCACCACCCGAGGAAAAAAUACAAGCCGAGAUGAAUUAGUCUACUGAAGUAAAUGACAGAGACCUUGUGUAGUUGCGUGAUGUAUUCAUGAGUUUUGCUUCGCUUUUGAGAGAGAAGUGCAUAAUACGAAAGAGAAUGAAAGAUGUGGGAAAUUGGUACAGAACUGGCCAGAUGUAUUGGUCAUCAUUUUGGAAUCAUUUUGACAUAGCACUUAUAUCUUAAAUUCAAAUAUUGCUGAA